AUGAUGUCUAUGGGGUUCAUGCCUGACAGUCUGAAUGCCUCAGAUCCCUCCAAGUCGGCCUUUCUAGAGUUCGGCCACGGACACCCGGCGCACCAGCAGCACUCCCCGGGACUCUCUCACAUUUAUCCCGUCCAUGGCUUGCACGCCGCCGGCCAUUCCCAGCACGAAACUCCCUUCCCCGGCAGCUCGUCCUAUGGCCGCUCUCUGGGCUACGCCUACCCCGGCGCGGUGAACGCUCAUCCCCCGUCUGCGUACAUGCCCUACCAGCACAGCAAUCACAGCAACAGCAGCAGCCUGGCCCACAGCAGAUUAGAGCAGACAGAUCGCGAGAAGUCCACGGUGAGUGAGACCAGGGACAUUCGUCUAAAUGGCAAAGGGAAGAAGAUCCGGAAGCCCCGGACCAUCUACUCCAGUCUGCAGCUGCAGGCUCUGCACCAGCGCUUCCAGCAGACCCAGUACCUGGCCCUACCUGAGCGCGCCGACUUGGCGGCCAAAAUGGGGCUCACCCAGACUCAGGUGAAAAUAUGGUUUCAGAACAAGCGCUCCAAGUACAAGAAGAUCAUGAAGCAUGGCAGCGGAUCAGAGGGGGAACAUCUCCACAGCACCAGCUCCAUCUCCCCCUGCUCGCCCGGCAUGCCCCAGCUCUGGGAGGUCUCCAUGGCGAACAAGGGCGCGUCGAUGCACCCGAACAAUUACAUGAACAGUUUUGGUCACUGGUACCCAAACCACCAUGCCCAUCAUCAGGACGCGGUGCCCAGGCCUCAGAUGAUGUGA